GAUUAUUUCGACAAGAAGUUGGGCGCCUUGAAGCGCGAUAUUCAAGACGAGUUGUGCAGUAAUACCGAUUCUGUAGCCAAAAAAUUCAAAGAAGAAUACAAGAUCACUUUUAGAUUCAAAGGUAAUAAGAAACAGUUUCAACUCAACUCCGACCUUGCAGCGAAGGUAAAGUCGGCGUCAGCUGCCCUCGGAAAGAGAAAAUUAGACCUUGUUAAAACUCCUGGAAGAACUAGAAUCUGACAUCAAGAAGCGCAACAAACGUAUCAGACUGAAAGACAAGUCCGCCGCCGGUUGGGAUUUGGUGAACGAGUAUUCAUCUGACGAACUGGCUAGCGGGUCAGAGGUCGAGCAGAGGGCCCUUCGUAAACGCAGCCAACGCCAACAGAAAGUGAAGCCAUCCAAGCAAGGUUAUUCACAACUCCAAUCAUCUACCGCAACCACCGCGUUUUUUGGCCAACAUUCAUCAUCCACCAGACCUAUUUCUCGUACUCUUGGCGCUUUCAGCAAACCAAGACCAAGUGAUAUUUGUUUCGCCUGUGGCCAGCAAAGUCAUUGGAGGUCUCUGUGUCAAGUUAAUCCUCAAGCCAGAUCUUCAAGCUCCGGGCCGUCCUUUCGUAGUUCUUUUGGUCUUUCGGGCAUUG